UCUUAUCUUGUUAUUCUAUUCCCGACAAUUUUCUAUUUCGUCAUAGGAUUGGAAAUAAAAUGAAAGAGAUUAACGAGAACUUGGAUGCAAUUGCUAAUGAGCGGACGCAAUUUCAUUUGCAAGAGGUGGUUGUGGUGAAUAGAGUUGAAAUUUCUGAAUGGCGCGAGACCAACUCCUUUUUAAAUAAAGGAGAUGUAGUGUAUGGAAGGGAAAAGGACAAAGAAAGUAUCAUCGAACAGCUGGUGAUGCAUGCAAGUGAGUGUCAGGGUGUUUCCGUCCUUCCUAUACCUGGUAUUGGAGGGCUCGGAAAGACCACGCUUGCUCAACUAGUGUUCAAUGAUGAGAGGGUAAUUCAGCAUUUUGAGCCAAGAAUUUGGGUUUGUGUUUCAGAAGAUUUUGAAGUGAAGAGGGUCAUAGAAGCAGUUAUAGGGCCAUCUUGUGGAGGCUCAAACUUACAACAUCUUCAAACACAACUUCAAGAUAAGUUGAAUGGGAAAAGAUAUUUGCUUGUUUUGGACGAUGUGUGGAAUGAAAAUCAGGAAAAGUGGGACAAGUUAAAAUCCAUACUGUCCUAUGGAUCAAAGGGUGCUUUAGUUAUUACCACUACCCGUCUCGAAAAAGUGGCAUCAAUUAUGAGAACGCUCCCUACACAUCAGUUGUCGGGUUUAUCAAAAGAGGAUUGUUGGUCAUUGUUCAAGCAGGGAGCAUUUCAAGUCAAUAAUGAAACUCCAAAUCUUGUGGUAAUUGGGAAGGAGAUCGUGAAGAAGUGUGGGGGGGUGCCUUUAGCUGCAAAGGCUUUAGGAAGAUUAAUGCACUUCAAAAUUGAAGAAAGUGAGUGGCUACGUGUUAAAGAAAGUGAAAUUUGGAAUUUACCACAAGAUGAUGAGAGGUAUAUAAUGCUUGCAUUAAGAUUGAGUUAUCAUAACCUUCCAUCGAAGUAUAGGCAGUGUUUUGCCUACUGUGCCAUAUUUGAAAAGGAUUCCAAAAUUGACAAGAAUCGUGUAAUUCAUUUAUGGAUAGCUAAUGGUUUCAUUUUGUCUAAUGGGACAAAGCAAUUGGAGGAUACUGCUAACCAGAUAUGGAAUGAAUUGUAUUGGAGAUCUUUCUUCCAAGAGGUGGAGAAUGAUGAUUUUGGCAAUGUUGAAAGUUUCAAGAUGCAUGAUCUUGUUCAUGAUCUUGCUCAAUCAAUUAUGGAAGUGUUUGGCUCACAAAGUGGUCUGAGGUCGCUAGCCAAUGAACGGCUGACCUAGAACGCGGGCGUGCCAGAGUCCUGAUGAACUCGAAUAUUUCUUGCCAAACUAUUCCUAUCGGGUCGGGUCACCGACCUAAGGUGAUUCAGGCGAAAGUUGGAGAGUAGGAAUGACCCUCUCCUUAAGGUUGCUAUUGCCUUUAAGAAAGGACUUUAAACACUCAAGAUAAACAUGAAUUAAAAGUAACUUAAAUGGACAAUAAAUAUACCUGAAUCUGCAAACCUUUCUUCAUUAAACUUGACUGAUUACAAUUAUUAAUGAAUUACAAACUCUUGAUUGAGAUGGAAACUAAAGCAUUAAAUGCUGGAAGAUGAACUAAGUACUAAACUGAUAAUGUUAAGCUAAACUUGCUGAAAUAAAAGCUAAGUGCUAAACUGAGCUUGAUGAAAUAAAAGCUAAGUGCUAAAUGAUAGGAAAGCUAGAGGUUGAACUUUAGAAAUGGUCUUGGACCUCUACCUUGUGAUGCUUGAGUGGGUAUUUAUAGAGGCUUCCACCUGGUGUUGUCCCUUUCAACCGUUUCUCUAGAAAUUGAUUGGUUGUAAGCUGAAAGUGACUUUUCCUAACCACCAGCUGGAAAGGUUGACUAACUUGCACAUCCCUUUAUAGGCAGAUACAAGUAUGUCUGACAUAGUAUUUUUGACUAAAUGGUGCCUAUUCUUUCAUGCUUGAUGAUUUUGGUCUUCAAGCCAUUUUCAGCUCUCUGCACCUGUCAUGUCUAGCUUGAUUUGUACAUUAGCCUGGAGUCAUCUGAUUACUGACAAUCCUGACUUUCCUCAUCAGAUGUUGGUGAGAACCUUCCAUCUGUGAUUCUGAACUUCUGACAUUGUCAAGUUGUCCUUUUCUAUUUCAAGCUUUCCUUAAACUUCUAGACCUGACUUGUUGGGUUCUUGAAACAUUGGGAUUCACAAUCGGUCUUUAUUUGAAUUACCCCAAAGAUUCCUCAAGUGAUUAUGACCCGAGACCCCUGAUCAUGACCAUAUUUGGUCAUAAGUCUUGAUCAUGGCCAUAGUGACUAGAAAUCUUGGUUAAGAUUCAUAAUCAUGACCAUUAUAACUGAGGGUCUCCUGACCAUGACCGUUGUGAUUGAGAAAGUUGUGACUGAGAGUAUUUUGGCCUAAAACUUAUGAUCAUGACCAUUGAGACUUGGAGUCAUAACCAUAGUGAUCGAGAAGGGUUUUGGCCUAAAACUCAUGAUCAUGACCAUAGUGACUGAGAAGGUUUUGGCCUAAGACUCAUGAUCAUGACCAUUGAGACUGGGAGUCAUAACCAUAGUGACUGAGAAGAUUUUGGCCUAAAACUUACGACCAUGAGACUGAGACUCUCAUGACCAAGAUGACUGAGAAGGUUUUGGCCUAAGACUCAUGAUCAUGAUGACUGAGACUCUCAUGACCAGGAUGACUGAGAAGGUUUUGGCCUAAGACUCAUGAUCAUGACCAUUGAGACUGGGAGUCAUAGCUAUAGUGACUGAGAAGAUUUUGGCCUAAAACUUACGACCAUGAGACUGAGACUCUCAUGACCAAGAUAACUGAGAAGGUUUUGGCCUAAGACUCAUGAUCAUGACCAUUGAGACUGGGAGUCAUAGCCAUAGUGACUGAGAAGAUUUUGGCCUAAAACUUACGACCAUGAGACUGAGAUUCUCAUGACCAAGAUGACUGAGAAGGUUUUGGCCUAAGACUCAUGAUCAUGACCAUUGAGACUGGGAGUCAUAACCAUAGUGACUGAGACUCUCAAUCAUGGCCGGGUAUGAGCUCAAAACCUCAUAUCAGUCUUAAUGGUCUAAAAAUUCCACUCUUCUCCAUUCUCAGCCUUAAAUCGGAUCGCCAUGAUUAGAAAUUAAUCUUUCGCCCUGAUGACCAUGGGUUGACCCAAAGUUCAGACUUCAUGAUUUCUGACCACGUGGCAUGAUUGCUUCGAAUUAUAUUUUAGGUGUUAACAACUGCCCCCCAACUCUAUGAAAAUGGGUUCAUACCAAAUUUUUGUAGAGUUGUAUUUAUUUUGGCCAGUUUUUAUGUUCAGCCUGGGACCAGUCAAGGCCAAUUUUUUGCCUUCAAUGUAUGGAUAACCAAAACCAUUUAUUAACUAGAAGAGAACUAUGUAUCAUCUCUUUACCAUGGCCAUUUGUACCUUGGCCAUUUUGAAGCUUCCAACUUGCUCAAGCUUCAAAAGAAACAAACACACCGAAACUGAACAUAACAGCAGCUAAAGAACAUUCUUAGAGAGAGAACUAAAGGAAACCAUUCAAAACAAAUAGCACCAUAAAAUCACAUGAUGUUGUAGUGUUGCACCUUUUAACAGCCCCCAAUCCCUAAUGAAAUUAAAAUCUGAUACAUACAUAUGUAUACGUAUAUGUAUACAUAUAUACAUAUAUAUAUAUACCAGGUUCCAUGUUUUGACCAUAGAUUCCAGGUUUAUUUCAUAGUACUGGAGAUGGUGUUCCCACCUUUGUCCAUCAUUCAUACCCAACAAUUUUGGGUUUCGGGUGGGCUUCAAAACUGACUCAUGUGAGUGUCGGGACCUCGUCAAGCCCAAGCAACAACGAACACACACACAUAUAUAUAUGUAUAUAUAUGACGGCUGUGAGCUUCUGCAAACUGCAUGGUAGACUCUACCAGCGAUGGGCCUGUGAUUUACGAACCUUCGUAUCGCAAAGCGCUGCAAUGAGUUUGCCCAAGAACUGCGUCGGCCGUAGAGAGAUUGUCGCAUCGAUUAUCUUCUUCAUGAAGUCACCGCUGCUGAACCUAUCACCGUGGAUAGAUUCGCCACCGGAGAAAAACAUGCAGGUCUCCAUGCAAGCACAAUGUUGUCACCUUCACCGUCAUCGCCCAUCUUUUGUUACAAUAACUACAACAGCCACCUUUGUUGUCAUCAAACCUGCAAAUGGCGAUAAUCACGUUCAAACCAUUUCCAAACUUCCUGUCUGGCUCCUCGCGGUUUUGGGUUUCAGUGAGCUUCAACCCGUUUGCUUAACCGAAUCUGCUAUGGACCAAGAAUCUUGAUCACGAAGGUUCAUAUAUAUAUAUAUAUAUAUAUAUAUAUAUAUAUAUACAUAUUUAUAUGUGUGUAUAUAUAUACAUUUAACAACUACUUUGAGAUGACAAAUGAGUAAUCCAACGCUGUCACCUUCGUCAACAUGCAACCCAAAUUGGUUCAACGACCUCCUUCAUCGUGUAAAGUCGGCUCGUUUUUCGUCGGCGAUGCCACCGCGGGCUACUUUGUUUUCUUCAUGCAGUUACGUGCCGCCGAAACCAUCGCCUAGAUGGACUCGCCGCUGGAAAAAGCAUGCUCCAUUGCAAGCACAAACCGUUAUUCUCUUCGACGGAUAAAGGUCAUGCCGCCGAAGAACUCAAGAGAUGCCGUGGAAGCUAACGCCGUCGCAUGGGCUGCUCCGCUUCUUGUGACCGAUGAUGAUGGCACCGGUGACGUAGAGAAAGAGGAUGGUGACGACGAGAACAAUCAUGAUCACCGGCCAUGAAGAGAUUGUCGCACCGGUCAUCUUCGUCAUGAAGUCACUGCCGCCGAUCUUAUCACCGUGGAUGGACUCACCGCUGGAAAAACUUGCGAGCUCCAUUGCAACCGUUAUUCUCUUCGACAGAUAAAGGUCAUGCUGCCAAAGAACUCAAGAGAAGCCGUGGAAGCUAAAGCCGUCGCAUGGGCAGCCCUGCUUCUUGUGGCCGAUGACGGUGGCCACGGUGACGUAGAGGAAGAGGAGGGUGGCGAUGAACUCGGCGAUCAGGGCUCUGUAGAAGGACCACGUCUUCAGCUCUGCCAUGUCGAUCAGCGGUGCCGGUGGUGGGUCGAGACAUGCAUUUAUACAUAUAAAUAUAUUUACAUAUACAUCAUGCAACACAUCUCAUGCAAACCCAUUUUUUAAAUGGGUAUUGGGCCAUAGCUUAAAUUAAGUUGUAAGUCAAAAUAAGUACUGACAUAUGCUUAAUUAAGCACGUGAAUGAACCUUGUUGUUUCAUCUUGAAGGCUGGCUGUUUGGGAGCUCAAUGCAUAUCUUUUUAGAUAUAGUUAUGUACAACACGCAACCAAUGCAGACAUGGUUGGUCUGCUUCAACUAAACGUGGCCUCUUGUAAAUAUAAACAUGUGCGAAUAUAAAUAUGCACAUAUAUAUAUAUAUAUAUAUAUUUCUAUUAGCUCUGUACAAAGCACAACCACUUUAUUGUCAGAACAAAUGGAUUUGGAGCUCAACGUACAUCUUUAUCUGCAAUUUAACUUGACAAUACAAGAGAGAAACAAACCCCAAAACUAUGUGCUCAAUAACAUGUCAACAGAUACGGGUUGCACUCAAGUGAAGAAGACAUUACCCUAUGGCUUAAGGAUGUAUAAUAAAUCUCAUUUGCUAACACGUUGAUUUCCAAUACCCGAAUUUAUUCUUUAUAUAUCCUUGGAUUUUUAAGCUAACCUGUUUUUAGGCGGCUCCAAGUACAUUCAUAAUCCUGUGGCGUUUUCAUUGGGUACAGUAUUUCACCAGCUAAGCCUAGCUAAUUGCUCUAUAUAUAUAACGCUUGCCUCUACCAAGCAUUGUCAACACCAUAUCCAACAAAACCCUCUGUAGCUUCGCCACAAAAAUUGCAGAACAUCUCUGUGAAAUUUGCCUGAUAGUUGCAUGUUUUUUUCAAAUUAAAAAAAAAAAACUGCACAGCAGAAUGUUAGCUCGUCUUGUCCCACAAUCAAGAAACAUAUCCAGCGCACUUUAAAGACCAUUUCUUCUUAAUAAAGCUUCAUCGUAGAGAACACAGCUUUAUUUUCUGUCCUUCAGAAUCUCGGCAAUGGGUGGUAAUAAAAAUGUAACGAUCGUUGCUGAGAAUACGUCAAUUUCGGCUAGUAACAAAUCUUCCAGUCAAGCCGGGAUUGUUCAAAAACUCGUCAACGAGAUCAUCGCUACAGAUAUUUUCAGCACUAGUGAAGUGUUAGCCAGUGUCUUAGGUGCUGAUUCCUUACCUAGAAUCGGCCUUGCUCCAGCCUUCAGAGAUAGUCCACCAACCUCACUUCUCCCCUACUAUCCCUUAGCUGAGGAGCAACUCCCAUUUCAGCGCGAGUUCUCUAAUCUUGUGGAUUCUUCCUACCUUUUCAAAAAUUGCCCGAUCCCUCAAAGUGAGUGGAUUGAUUGGGUCGAUCGGGUCGAACCUCACUACGGAGCAUUAUGGAAGGAGGUCGGCAUUUAUGAUGCCAUCAUUCUUUCAAAAAAUCGAAUCUCUAUCGAUAAGGAGGCUCUCGUCUCAUUACUCUUUUUCUGGUCGAGUUCCACCAAUGCCUUCCAUCUUCGGUGUGGUAUGAUUGGUCCGACGGUGCAAGAUAUCUGUUUUCUUACCGGGCUUAGGCCCCAUGGUACGGAAAUAAAUUCACUUCUCACCGUUCCUGAAGUAGCUUAUGAAUAUCCAAAGAAACCUGACGCUUCUGAGCGCAUUACUACCCAUGGCCCUUUUAUUAAAGCCAGUAAAGGUAAAGGAACUUCGGUUUCCAUCGCCGAGCAUAUUUCUUUCUUGGUGUACUGGCUGAACAGGUUUUUAUUUUGCGUUUCUUCGCUCACAGUCACUAAGGAAUUUACUCAAUUGGCCCUUGCUUUUCACUCGGGCGAGAAACUUGCUCUCGCUCCUUUUUUGCUUUCUUAUCUUUACCGUGGCAUCGGGGAAUAUGUUGCUUCCAACUUCAAAACCUGUUUUGGGCCAUUCUGGCUGUUACAACUUUGGGAAUACGUAUAUUUCCCUGAACUUUACCCCGAUCUCGACUUGUCGACCGCUGUUCCUUUUCCCGGCUGUCAUUAUGCACGUAUUCAACCAGGAAAAAGAUCGUUCAAAACCAUGUUCUCCUUCUUUUACAAACUCCCUGCAUACCGGGCCAGUCAUCUUUUCUUGCCAUUCUCGCCUAGACCGAGGCGACCUUUGUGGCUUUCCUAUCCCCCUGCCCAGGCUCCACCGAGUUGCCAAGACGAACAUACACAAACCUGGGCCAGUUUCUUGA